UGAUCAGCUUAUAUAACGAACACCACGUAGGCUUCCUUGAGUAGAGCAUGAGCAAAUCCAAAAGGCAAAACAGUUGCUCUAGUAAGAUUUCUACGUCCUGAGUAUCAGACUUUUAGAAGGCUGCAACCAUGGCGACUCCGACUCAGACCGUUGUUCUCAUCACCGGUGCCAAUCAGGGGUUGGGUUAUGAGGCGGUCAAGAAGCUGGCCGCGGAGCAGGUCGACUAUAUUAUCCUUCUUGGGUCUAGAAACCUAGAGAACGGCAAGAAGGCGGCAAGCACAAUUGUCGAUCUGGCAAAAGGCACCUCUGUCGUUCCCAUCGCCAUCGACAUUGAUUCCGAUGACUCAGUCCACGAAGCGGCAACAAAAGUCCAAGAGACUUAUGGCCGCCUCGAUGUUCUUUUCAACAAUGCUGCAAUUGGCGACGCUGAGGGCACUCUCAGGCAAAAGAUGAGAUCCAUCAUCGAAACCAACCUUAUCAGUAGUGCCGUCACCACUGAAGCCUUCAUGCCCCUGCUCAGGAAAUCCCAAGCACCACGACUCCUGUUCAUGUCAUCUGGCAUCGGGUCAAUUGGAAACAUUCUCGACCCCAAUUUCCCGAUGUACGGGCUCGACAACAAACCUUACUCGACGUCGAAAGCGGCCCUCAACAUGCUUGCGGCCAUAUAUUCCGUCCAGUACGGCAAAGAGGGUUUCAAGGUCAACGUCAUUUGUCCCGGUUUCAGAGCGACCAGAAUGAACGGCUUCGACGAGAUGGCCGCCAAAGCCGAAGACGGUGUCAUCUUGGCGUGCGAGUUGAUUGUACGGACCGACAAAGAAGGCCCGCACGGCACUUUCGCAGCACAGGAUUAUGGUUCUUGGCCAUGGUAGCCCAGGGCUGAAGAUCAGAAUGGAUAGCAACGUCAACUAGAGUCGGACGUCGAACUACCUUUUUCCAUGACGUGGACCAGCCACAUCAGG